AUGGAAACAAGAAGAAGUUUAAAAGAAAAAUAUAAUCAAAAAGAUUUCGAUACAUCUAUACAGAUUGUUCAAAAUAAAAAUGCUGGCCACAAACAAACUAAAAACAAAAACGGAGAAGCAAAAAAUGUAUUGAAACACUCAGCUAGCGAAAAAAGCAAAGCAGGAAAUAAAAAUAAUAGAAAAGGUUUACAAGAAAAAGAAAAUAAUUCUUCUAAUUUAAAAGAAGAUUUGGAAAAAAAUAUAAAAAAUAAAAGAACAAAUAGUAAAGACACUGCAAAGAAUAAUAUAAAAAAUAAUGUUCCGAGGAGGAAAGAGAAAAAAAAUAAUAUCUUAAGCAGUACCUUAUGUAUAGGAGAUGAUGAUAAAAAGGAAGAAGAUAAUGAUGAUAUAGAAGAUAAAUAUGGUGAUGAAAAAGAUAAAUGUGGCGAUGAAAAAGAUAAAUGUGGCGAUGAACAAGAUAAAUGUGGCGAUAAACAAGAUAAAUGUGGCGAUGAACAAGAUAAAUGUGGCGAUAAACAAGAUAAAUGUGGUGAUAUAAAAGACAAGUGUGAUGAUAUAAAAGACAAGUGUGAUGAUGAGGAUGAUAAUCAUAAUAUUAGUAGGCGUUUAAGCAUAUAUGAAAAAAAAAACAUUGAUUUUGAAAAAAGGAAACAUGGUACCCACAUGAACAGAAUAACGAAGGAAGAGAAACCUAGUAACAUCUCUUGUAUUAGAGGGAAUAACAAAAAUAAUCAUAAGGCAACAUCCAAGGGUAAUGAUAAUAAUAAUAAGGUGGGAGGUACCCAAAAUGUGGCCGAAGAAAUAAGUACAACGAAAGGAAAGUUAAAUAAUAUAAAGAAAAGUAAGAAUAAUAAUAAAUGUGAUGAUAAUAAUAUUAAUAAUAAUAAUAAUAAUAAUUGUGAUGAUAAUAAUAAUAAUAAUUUUGAUGAUAAUAAUAAUAAUAAUAAUUUUGAUGAUAAUAAUAAUAAUAAUAAUUGUGAUGAUAAUAUUAAUAAUAAUAAUUGUCAUGAUAAUAAUUAUGAUGAUGAUCUCAUUGGUCAUAAUAUAUUUGAGGAGAAAAAAGAAAAUCUAAAAGAUCUUUUGAAAAUAAUAAAUUAUAACAAAGAAAGUAUGAAUGAUCUAUCAGAUGACAAGAUGGAAAAAAAACAUCUUGAUAUAGAUAAUGUUUUAUCUAAUCUGUGUAGUGAUAACAAUAUAUGUAGUGAUGAUAAUAUAUGUAGUGAUGAUAAUAUAUGUAGUGAUGAUAAUAUAUGUAGUAAUAACAAUAUAUAUAGUGAUGAUAAUAUAUAUAGUGAUGAUAAUAUAUAUAGUGAUGAUAAUACAUAUUGUGAUAAUAAUAUAUAUUGUGAUGAUGAUUAUAAAAAAAACAGAUUAAAUGAAAAGAACAAACAAAAGCAUUCGAGCUGUUUUGAUAAAACUUUAGAUGAUCUAUCUAAAAUUAUUCAAAAGAAUGAAGAAAACGAUUUGAAUAUAAUUAAACAAAUAGAUGAAAUUAUAAUAUCGGAAAAAGAAUCAUCACAAGAUUCUUGUACAAAUGUUUUAAACAAAAUUAAAAAGGAAAGAAAUUUAACAACUCACAAGGAUAAUAUAAAAAAUGUAAAAAGUGUUGAAAAGAUACGACAUAGAGAUGAUAUUGUGUUAUGUGAUGGUAAGGCAGGAAAGCAGGGAGUAGAGAAAAAGGGGACAAAGGAAAAUAAAGAGGUAGAUAAAAUAUCGCAUGGUAAGUUAGAAAAUAAUAAUAAUAAUAAUAAUAAUAAUAAUAGUAAGAAAAAUACAAGCAUAAAUACAAAUAUAAAUAUAAAUACAAAUAUAAAUAUAAGCACAAAUAUAAAUAUAAAUACAAAUAUAAAUAUAAAUACAAAUACAAACAUAAACACACACAGCAACACACACAGCAACAACAACACAACAAUUUGUAAUAAUAUAAAUAGUAAGAUUGAUAAGGGACAUCAUAAUAAUGUUCUUAAAAAAUCAGAGAGAAGUAAUAAAAAAGAAAACGAAGAAGAAAACAAUAGCGAUGAUGAUGAUGAUAAUGAUAGUUAUAAUUCCAUAGAAAUAGAACCAUUAACUCAUAAACUUAGUGAGAAUAAAUCCAUAAAUAACGAACAACAAAUUAUUUUGAACAGAAGUAUUAAAAGACGUUUAUCACAGAUAUUAGAUAAUAUGAAAAAAAAGAAAAUUUAUAAAAUGAUAAAUAACGAGAAUGAUGAUUAUACAAAUAUAUGUUUUAGUUCACAUGAUAUAAAAGAGAAAUUAAUAGAACGUGUGAUGAUAAAUAAGCUAACAAAAAUAACAUGUCAUGAAAAUGAUGAUUUACAUAAUGAGUAUGAAAAUACGAAUUAUUAUUUAGAUAAAAUAAAUCUAGAUGUUAUAUAUAAUAAAUUACAUUAUGAUUUAUAUAAAAAUGAAGAAGAAUUUCAUGAUGAUGUUUUUGUAAUGUUUCAAGUUUUAAAAAAAAUGAUUGAAGAAACAAAAGAUAAAAAGGAACAAAUGAACCUUUUUAACCUAAGAAAAAAUGAAUUAAAAAAUUAUGAACAAGAAUUUUAUAAAAUGUUGAUAUCGAUUAGAGGAACGAAAAGUGCAAAUAAAUUUAUGAUGGAUCAAAGACGUCAUCAUGAAAAAGAAGAAAAAUAUUUUUUAAAAUUUUUUAUAGAACCUGAGAAAUUAUCUGAGCAUAACAAUGAAAAAGGAGUUCCUUCAAACAAAAAUAAAACUACUAGUAACAAUAAUAAAAAUAAUAAAAAUAAAACAAAUAAAACAAAUAAUACAAAUAAAACAAAUAAUACAAACAAAACAAAUAAUACAAACAAAACAAAUAAUACAAAUAAAACAAAUAAAACAAGUAACAAUAGUUAUAAUAACAAUAGUUAUAAUAACAAUUUUGUAACGGAGGAUGAUACUUGUACCCAUAAUAAAUAUAAGUCGUCCAUAUCAUCCAACAUGUUAAAAGGAUUAAGUUUAGAGAAUCAUAAAAACAAUCUAAAAGAUGGAAUAAAUAAAGAAGAAGUUUAUGAUAUUAUUAAUAUUUAUAUAACGGAUGAAGAAUAUGAUUUGAAUGGUAAAGGAGGUGAAGAUACUUAUAAAGAUAACAUAUCAUAUGUUGAUAAUAUGGAUACUAUAUCAAAUACCGUUUUAUUAUCCAAACCGGAUAAUGUUAAUAUUAUAAAUAAUAACGAAGACUUACAUUUGGAAUCUUCAAUUAAUAUUAACCAUUCAAACAAUAAUACAAAAUGUACAUAUAAUGAUAAAUGCUCAUCAUCAAUUUCAAAUUCUCAUGAUCCUAUAAAGAAUAACGAUCUGUUGAAUGCUCAAAAGGUUUUAUAUCCAAAUUAUAUUACUUCUGUUCAAAAUGUUGAUAAGAAGAAUUUAUAUGUAUUGGAAGAAAUGAAUGACCAUAUAAAACAUAGUCUGGGUUAUGACAACACAUGUUAUGAUAAUAAUAAAGAUGAUAUAAAAGGUGAUAAUAAUAAUGAUGAUGAUGAUGAUAAUAACAACCAACAUAAUAAUUAUAAUUAUAAUGGGGAUGAAAAGAGUGUUAGCAAAGCAGAGAACUCAAAUAAACGAUUACUUAAACAAUGGGAAAAAAUUCUCAGAGAUAAUGUUUUAAAACUUUUAAAAAACGAUAAUAAUGCCUUUUAUUUUAAAACACCUGUCUUAGAAGAUAUUAAUAUUAAUGAUAAUAUAAAAGAAGAGUACAGAAUAAAAAUUAAGAAACCUAUGGAUUAUAUUACCAUAUCUAGGAAUUUAUCAGAUGGUAUAUAUAAAGAACCUAUUGAUUUUUAUCAUGAUAUGAAAUUAAUUUAUAAAAAUUGUAUAGAUUUUAAUCCUGACAUCGAAGAAAAUAAAUAUAUUAUCGAAGCUGCUAAAAGUAGCGAUAUGAAAUUUGAAUUUUUAUGGAAUAAAUGGAAAGAGAAAAUAAAUAAUAAUUUUUGUGAUCUAAAUAAUAAUAUAUUUAAUGAAACCUAUUACAUAGAAUUUUUUAAAAAAAUUACCAAAAAAAAAAAAAAACAUAGUUCUAUUUAUACAUUGUGGAUAGAUUAUCUUAUUAGUAAUAAUAUAGAUAUACAAGAAUUUUCUAAAUUAAGAAAUAUUAAUAUUAAUGAAUUAAAUAAAAAAUGUAAACCUAAUAUAAAUAUUAAUGAUAUUAAUUUAAUAAAUUAUAAAAAAUUAAAUAAAAAUAAUCUGUUAUCUUAUAUAUUCAAAGAAGAAUAUAACAACAUAGUUAAUACAAAAAAAAAAUCAUUAAAUGUAUCAUCGACUGCGUUUGUGGAUGAACAUAUAGAUAAUCAUACAAAUAAAUAUGUAACACAAAUGAUUGAAGGAAAUGAUUUAACAAACUUAAAUAUACAAAUGAAUCAUGUGGAUAAAUCCAAUUAUGAUAAUAUCAAAAAUUGUAAAGAUAAUAUUAGUCAAUUAUGUAACUUAUAUGAGAUGGAAAAAAAUCAUCAUUUAAACCGAACACAUAUGUCAUAUGAAAAAUUUAAUUUAAAAGAUGACACACAUCAUAGUGACGACAAAAAACAUUCAACAGAUCACGAGAAUUCAAAAAAACAUAAUAUGGAUCAUAUUAAUAACUCUCCUAUACAAGAAGAAAAAAAUAAUAAAAUAAAAAUUGUUUUAAAAGAUUCAAAUGUGGUAAACAAUUUUGAAGAAAAUAUGCAACACAGGAAUAAAUCGGAAGAAAAAAAAUCUACCAAAAUGUUAAAGAAAAGAAAACGAAAUAAAAAUGUAAUUCUUUUUGAAGAAAAUAUUUUUGAUAAUUAUUUGGAAAAUAAAAAGAGCUGUAUGUUGAAAUGUGAGAAAAAUGUCUUUAUAACCGACUGUUUUUAUUAUAAAAAUAUUUUUAGAAACCUGCACGAGUUUAUUGAUGAUAAAUCGACUGAGGGGAAUGAUGAAAAAAGGAGUUCUCAUCAAAAUGGUACAAGUUGUGAAAAUGUUAUAAGUAAUGAAAAUGUGCAUAAUGAUGAUAAUGUAAACAAUGAUGAUAAUGUAAACAAUGAUGAUAAUGUAAACAAUGAUGAUAAUGUAAACAAUGAUGAUAAUAAAAAUAAUGACGAUAAUGUAAACAAUGAUGAUACUAAAAAUAAUAAUAUAAACUCUGGUGAUGUGGAACAAAAUGAUAUUCGUAACCUAACCGAAGAAACCAAACCUAUUUACGAUAAUAAAGAAAAUAUUAAAAAAUUAUGGAAAGAAAAAAUGACCACACUUUAUAAUUAUGAUAAUACAAAUUGUAAAAUACACGUAUUUCAUUAUUCACCAAAUGAAGAUAAAAAUAAUACAUAUAUUACAAAUGAUGUCAAUAAUGUCAAUGAAAAUUUUAAAAUUCAAUCUACCCAAAAAACAAAUAAUGUGCAUGAACAAGAUGGAAAUAUUCUGACUGUUCAGGAAAAAACGAAAGAUUUUAUGAACAAGUCAUGCAAUAUUUCAAAUGAUGAUAAAAUAUGUAUACAUAUAAAAAAAAAUAAUAAUAUUCCAAUGAGUAAUAUACCAAAAAAUGUGUUUAGGGGUUUUUCGGAAGUUUAUCAAGACGAAAGUUCUUCAGAAGAUGAAAAUAAUAUAAAUGAAAAGAAUAUAAAUGAAAAGAAUAUAAAUGAAAAGAAUAUAAAUGAAAAGAAUAUAAAUGAAAAGAAUAUGAAUGUACAUAAACAUGCAACAAAUGAUCAAAUAAACGAAAGUUAUGAAUGUGCUUCUUUCAACGAUACCUUAAAAUGCGACGUGGAGUAUGAAAAGAACGUCCCCGCAUACUUUUUAACUUAUGGAAAUAUUAUUAAUAAUAUAAUUUCUAACGAAGAGGAGACACAUCAAGCUAAUAUUUCUCAAAUGAAAAAUGAAAAUAAGAAUUGUAAUGUUUAUGAUAAGGAUAUGUCUCAUACUCAAAUGGAAAGGAAUGUAGCGAAAAAAAGUGAUUAUAAUAAUGAGAAGAAAAAAAACGAAGUUAUAUUGAAGCAUACUAGUGAGGGUAAUGGUAAUACUUAUAAGGACGAUAAAAAUUAUGAUGAUAAUAAAAAUUAUGGUGAUAAUAAAAAUUAUGGUGAUAAUAAAAAUUAUGGUGAUAAUAAAUAUUAUGAUGAUAAUAAAAAUUAUGGUGAUAAUAAAUAUUAUGAUGAUAAUAAAAAUUAUGGUGAUAAUAAAAAUUAUGGUGAUAAUAAAAAUUAUGGUGAUAAUAAAAAUUAUGGUGAUAAUAAAAAUGAUGAUGAUAAUAAAAAUUAUGAUGAGAACCUUAUGAAUAGUGACGAUUCCAUUCUUUUCAACAUAAGUAACAAAAAUUUUUAUAAUUUUCAUUUAUUAUUUAAAAAGGAUGAGAAAUUAAAAAAGGAGUUUUUUUUACAAAAUAGGAUAAGCGAAAAGACCUUAUUAUUAAAUUUGUAUGUUGAUUAUAGUAGUAUGGAAGAUACAUCUUUUUUCCGUAUAAAUAAUACGAAUUUUUAUAAUUAUUAUUUUGAUGAUUAUUUUUAUUUUUUUAUAAAAUCAUGUUAUGAUUUAGAUUUAUAUAUAAAAAUUCAGAGAAAAAAUAUCUUCUUAACUGAUGAAAAGUAUUUCGAAUUCUUAAAAAUACACAUAAUGAAUAAAUCUACAAAAAAUAAAAACGUCCCAUUUUAUUUGUGUAAUAAUUCUGUAGAACAAAAUAAUAAUUUAAUACAAGUUUUACAAAAGUGUUUUAAACAUUUUAAUUUAUAUAAUGGAAAUAGUUCAAGUACCUUAACUUUAUAUGAUUCUGUAAAUGAAAUAUCUUUUCUUCUUUCACAAAUAAGGAUAUAUAUAAAGGAAAUAGAUAUUUUAUUAAGACUUGAUAUUAAUAAGAAUACAAACACGACGACAAUAAGUAUUUUAAAAAAAAAGUUUGGAGUAAUGGCAUAA